UGGCGCACUCCACAGUGUUUGUUUAUGUCCAGCACUCGACGAUGCUACGCUAUUGUUUUUAUGUUGCGUUAAGCACAUAUUUCAUUGAAAUAAAGUAAUACGCUAAUUUAUUUGCUGAUAAAUUUUUCCAGAAGAUAUCUGUUAAAAGGUUUAUGUAUGUUAAACUGAAGGCUACAGUGCGUUUAUAUUGUAAGACGUUCCGUUAGCAUGGUAUGAUGCUAAUAUUAACCCCUUCCUUUCCCUUCAAAUACGUAUAGUGUAAUUUCAGUAGUCUUUUCGUUUUCUAAAACAUCGAUCGGUUUGUUCUGGUUAUUCACCUCUGCUGAGAGACAUCUAUACUUAUUAAUGUGGCUCAGUUGCAGAAUAAUCCAACAUUCACUAUUAUGUAACAACGCUGCUGAAUACAGAUAUUUAUAAUCUGAACAUGCUGGAGUUAUGACAUCAGCUGGCUACCGACCAUGACAAGCAUUUGGGGGAGCAUGAAAAUCACUCGGUCAUGAGUACAAUGGGUUGUCAGAAGACUUGUAAGGUAGAAAAGCUACUGAAACAGACACAAAGAGAUCUAGUAUGGAGCCAAAGACAGAGGAUAACUACACCAAAGAGGACCAGCCAUAAGGUGAGAAAUGAGGUUCUACCCUUGCAAUUACCACACAGACGACAUUUGGAAAGCUCCCAUCUUCUAGAGGACUGCAGACAUAACAGAGACAGUUGGAGCCAUCAAAACCGAAAGCAGAAGUUACUGGAGACUGAGAUCAGCACCAAAAAGAAGGAGUGUGAGGCACUUGAAGCAGAGGUGAAGAAAAAGAAUCAAACAUGUCAGACUUUGGAGAAUGAGCUCCAGGACUUUCUCCAUGAAAACAAGCACUUGAAUCUGCAGUUGUUCAACAGUAGCUACAAGACGUCUGAAUAUGAGAGGGUGAAGUGUGAGUAUGCCCUGCUCAAAGACAGACUGUGUGCUGUGACGCAGGAGAGAGAUUUAGCUGUGUGGGAGAGGAACCAGCUCCAAGGCAAACUGGAGAACCUAGAGCAGGUGCUCAAGCAUAUGCGAGAGGCUGCAGAGCGGAGGCAGCAGCUAGAGUUGGAGCAUGAGCAGGCAUUGGCAGUACUCAAUGCAAAACAGCAGGAGAUUGACCUGCUUCAAAAGGCACAGGUUGAGGCUAAAAAGGAACAUGAGGGAGCUGUCCAUCUUUUAGAGGCCAAGGUCCGGGACCUGGAGGAGAAAUGCCGGAGCCAGAGCGAGCAGUUCAAUCUUUUAUCAAAAGAGCUGGAGAGGUUUCGGCUGCAGGCGGGGAAGUUUGACAUCCUCAGCACUGAACCAGUAACUGUGUGUGAAUCACCCGGCUCCCCCACAAGUCCCUGUCAGCUGCUAAAUGGAUUGGCUGCCCCUACAGGAAAAGGAAAUGAGAUCCCCUCAACCAGGUCUUUAAUAUCAGAGUUUAUUCGGCCUCUACAGCUGAGUGGAGACAAGCCUGAUCUCCUCUCUGUCAAACCAACAUUCCUCACUCGGACAGGCAGCAGCUCUGCACGUGCCUUCCUUUCUGAGAUGGAGAAAGAUCUUGGAUCAACCACCAGGUCCAAGCUCAGAUACACAGGGAAGGUUCGUCUGUGCAUCGCUCGCUAUAGCUAUAAUCCCUAUGAUGGGCCCAAUGAACACCCUGAAGCUGAGCUCCCACUGGUGGCAGGGAAGUACCUCUAUGUUUAUGGGACAAUGGAUGAGGAUGGCUUUUAUGAAGGAGAGCUGCUGGAUGGACGGCGGGGCCUUGUUCCUUCUAAUUUUGUGGAUUUUGUCCAAGAUGAGGGGAAAUCCAUCAAACAAAGGGACACAACAACAAAAGAACCUGGCUACCUCAACCAUAGUAGCCUGGGACCUCAGAAACUGGGACUGGGCACGCUGACAGGAACAGGAACGAGCAGCCUGCUGUCUGAUAGUAAAUUAGACUGUCUAAGCACCAGCAGCUUGAGCAUGGAUCUCUUAGGCUCCACUAGCAAUGGCACAGGAACCUUGGAUGUUAACAUAGAUGAGGUUGGUGAAGACAUUGUGCCUUAUCCCCGCCGCAUCAACCUGAUCAAACAAUUGGCCAAGAGUGUUAUUAUUGGCUGGGACCCCCCUGUGGUCCCUCCAGGUUGGGGCUCCAUCAGUGGCUACAAUGUCUUAGUAGAUAAGGAGGUACGAAUGAGUGUGCCAUAUGGGGGAAGGACAAAGUCUCUAAUUGAAAAGCUAAACUUAGCCACCAAUACAUACCGGAUCUCGGUCCAGACCAUCACGGAGCGAGGCCCGUCCGAUGAGCUGCGCUGCACCCUGCUGGUGGGGAAGGAUGUGGUAGUGGCUCCCUAUUACCUGCGCGUAGACAGUAUAACACAGGUGUCGGCUGAGCUGUCAUGGAUGCCCAGCAAUAGCAACUACAGUCACACCAUCUUCCUCAAUGGAGCAGAGUACGACAUGGUGAAGGCAGGUGGCUAUAGGUACAAGUUUCUCAACCUGAAGCCUAUGACAGUUUACAAGGUGAAAGUCGUGGCACAGCCGCAUCAGGUGCCUUGGCAGCUUCCAUUGGAUCAAAGGGACAAAAGGGAAAUUUCUGUGGAAUUCUGCACUCAGUCUGCAGGGCCCCCACUCCCACCGCAGGAGGUACAGGUCCUGUGUGGUCAAACGCCCGGGGUCCUGCAAAUCAGAUGGAAGCCCCCUCCACUGACUCCUUCAGGAACCUCCAAUGGGGCGAGUGUAAUUGGCUAUGCAGUGUGCACAAAAGGACAGAAGAUUGCAGAAGUCCUAUACCCAACAGCAGACUAUGUAACAGUGGAAUUAAACAGGCUUCAUUGUUUGGAGGCCCGAGAAGUUAUUGUAAGGACAUUAUCGACACAAGGAGAGUCUCAAGACUCUUCGGUGGCCAUAAUCCCGCACAAUUUGUUAGGCUCUCCACACCUAUCACGCCGCAAUAUUGCACCACCCCACCCAAUUCCCCAAAUGCAGACACCUCCUGUGCACUCCCAAACUCACCCUCCUUAUCCAUCUACAUACCCUCCAAACCAUCCUCAGCCCCAUGUGCAGCCGGUACCACGAGGGCAGCCCCACACACUACCACAUGCAGCACCACACACACAGCCUCUACGACACCCUCCCCCUCACCCCCAGCCUCACUACCAGCGCCACACUGUACCCACAUCCAAACCAUUACUAAGUGCCAGAGAGCCAGAAACCAAAGAGCACGAGGUUGGCUUACGACCGGGCCAGCCCUGGGACCGCUGCCCCUCUCCUCUGCCCACAAUGCGCGGACACAACUUGGAGCCGCCGCCCUUCCAGCCGCAUCGCUCGCCAUCUCCACAGCGAAUCCUGCCUCAGCCUCAGGGAGUCCCCAUCCCAAACACCAUCGCUAAGGCCAUGGCCAGGGAAGCUGCCCAGAGGGUCUUUGCUGAGGGAAACCGGGUUGAAAAGAGGAACAUCUUUAGUGAGCGCGGUAUGCAUCCUCUUAACUCUGAUGAAGAGGAGGAUGGUUAUGACUCUCCACAUGCAAGAAGGAGAGGAGCAUCUGUAGAUGAAUUUCUCAGAGGCUCUGAGUUGGGAAGGCAGCACCAUCAUCAUCACCAUUAUAGCCACAAUGAUGAGUACUACACGGAAAGCAGUCGGGGCUCUGACCUGUCUGACAUCAUGGAGGAAGAUGAGGAAGAGCUGUACUCAGAGAUGCAGCUGGAGGAGGGUCGCAGACGCAGCAUUAACUCUCACAACACUCUCAAGAUUGUCAACUCACCAACGCAUGGAAACUCAGACCGCCUGGAUCCCUCAGGGAGGAGAGUGGUCCACAUUGGUACCCCCCCUCAGCGACGCCCCAUCCCCUCUAUUGAGAUCACCAUGGACAGUAACAGUGAGGGGAGUGAGGGGAACCUCUCACCUGGCAAGGAGGAUGUUAACUAUGGCAGUGUAGCUCGGCGCAGGAUAUGGCCACCUAUGUCCUCAGAGGAUCAAUAUGAUAGUUAUGGUGGACGCAGGCACGGCCGGGGACACCGCUCCUAUGGGGAGGAGAUGGGUGAACUGACACGAGUGUUUGUAGCUCUGUUUGAUUAUGAUCCAAUGUCCAUGUCACCCAACCCUGAUGCUGCUGAUGAAGAGUUGCCUUUCAAAGAGGGUCAAAUCAUUAAGGUGUUUGGAAAUAAAGACAAGGAUGGCUUCUACCGAGCGCAAAUUCGAGACAGAGUUGGUGUAAUACCAUGUAACAUGGUUUCAGAGAUUCAAACAGAAGAUGAUGAAAUGAUGGGCCAGCUACUCAAACAGGGAUUCCUUCCACUUAACACUCCUGUAGAGAAAUUAGUGAACUGCGACCGUUUCAGAGAUGGCCGCUCAAUAAAUCGCAGGUCCAGAAGGUCCAAGAGAGAGAGAUACAGACGAAGUGGCCGGCCAUAUCCUAUGUCAACCCGAAGAAUGGUGGCCCUCUAUGAUUAUGACCCAAGAGAGAGCUCCCCUAAUGUUGAUGUGGAGGCUGAACUGACUUUUUGUGCGGGAGAUGUCAUCACAGUUUUUGGUGAAAUAGAUGAAGAUGGUUUUUACUAUGGUGAACUUAAUGGACACAAAGGACUUGUUCCUUCCAACUUUCUUGAAGAAGUGCCUGAUGAUGUAGAGGUUUUUCUCACUGACUCACCAUCUCGUUACCCUCCGGACACUCCAGCUCGGAUAAAGACCAAAAGGGUACAUGCUCCUUCGCAGUACUAGCCCUCUCAUCCUUUCUCAGUCCCCUCUAUCUCCUCCAGUCUCGUGUCUGUGCGUGUGUCUCAUUGAUUCAAGUCUGGUGGGUUUUUUGGUUGACCAUUUUACUGUAAAUAUAUAGAUGUUUAAAAAGAUCUUUAAAGAAAUACUUGAGGUAUUUUAUUUGCCAUGUUUACUGCUGUGAGGGGGAGAACUGAAUGGAUGGACCAUUCAUAAUGCAUUCUCAGUUAGUCCAUUUCUCCAGUGACUUUUUACCUGUUACUGUCUUAAAAUCAGCAGUCAAUCCUUUUUGCACAUGCAUACUUUGCAUUCAGCCAGAUGCUUUAUGAAUAUAUUGUUUAAUCUGAAAUUAUUUCUAAUAGAGUAAAUAGUUUUGUUCUUCUGAUAGACAAACCAUAUGGAAUAUUCUCAGCAUGUCUUAUAGAUGCAUGGUUUCUUGAAGAUUUUAUAAAAAGAUAAGUGCAAAAUAGUUGAACUUUUGUAUCAGCUCCAGAACGCCUUGUUUUGUAAAUCUUUUUUCUUGUAAAGUAGCACGUAAGGUCACAUAACAUGUCGCUGUCAGAGAAAUCUAUAAUUUCCUAAAUGUAAAUAUAUCAUGUUAUUUUUGUGUCCAACUAAGACUGACACAAUUGUUUUAAAAUUGCAAAGUCAUUUGAUGUUACUUGUUGUAUUUUUUUACCAUUGUCAUUGCGCAAACUAUUAAUAUGCCAUCACCAUAUUUUGUUUGUUUUUAUUUCUUUUCCUCACCUGCUUGGCAAAACAGAAGAAGAGUGUUCAUUUCACACCUUAAAGGCUCUAUUUCCUUCACGUAAGUGAGCAACUGAGGAUACCUCUGUAACACUCCCCUCAUCUAAUGCAGAUGUCCUGGGUGCCCCUUACAUUUCUAGUAUACACCAUGAACAUUACAUUCCUUUUGCACUGUUCAGAUAAGUCUAACUCCCUAUCACUGUCUGCUGAUAGACUAAUCUAACCCUCGCCAAUGCAUUAGACAAUAAGUAUGGUAUCUUCAGUUGUUUCUCUGAGUGUUGUAUAUGACAAUGUCUGUCCCCUGCAAUGAGUCUCUUCCUGUAACUCAUGAGAUGCUGAAAGGCUGCAGGUGCACAUAUAUUUAACUACUUCCUUUAAAGGUGAAUUUAGACUUACAGUAAUUGUGGUGCUUUAGCAAGGUGCAGUUUUUGUUUGACCAAUUGUUUAAAAGUAUAAAAGGUUAAAAUUGUAAUUGGCAUUAUGAGCGUAUAUGUUGUGAACAUUCUGCACAUUUUUUUAAAUCGCAAGUGCAAUGUAAGGCCUUUUAGCUCAUGAUUACAGAAACAAAUAGUGACAUGUAGUUUCUCUAUAUCUCAGAUGUCUGUUUAAUACAAAUACAUUAUAACAGGUAUUUAGUAAAGUAAAGAAAAGUGAAUGUGAUAACUAUGUCCUAAUUGUCACAAUAUGCAAAUGUAACAGUUUUUGUGAGAGGAACUGCAUUGUCUUUGACAGCCAUUGUUGGGAAAUGUGGUUACCCUAGAUGUGAAAGUUAGUUAAACAUGCUUCAACUCUGUGUUGUGUAGUGUCACCUGUGGUAGCUUCAUGACCCCUACCUAACUUCUGGAGUGAGGGAGGGGAGGGACUUAGAGCUAUACCCCAUAAUGACAAACAGAACUGUGGAGGAGGGGAGUGGUGCUUCAGGUGUAAAAUUUUUGACUUUUUAAUACCAUCAAUUGUCCCUUACGGGUUUCCCCAUCAGGUGCCAAUGGAAAAAACUGCUCUGCUUCCACUGUCUGCCCAUACUUCCCCGGGCCUGGCUCUGCCUGGUGGCACACGCACUCCGAUACAAGGAAAACAACACUGCUCAAAAAGGGAAGGACCUAAUGCAUAAACUUGCACCUGUAAAAUAAGUCUAGAGAUAAUCUAGAGUCUAUAUAGGGAUACAAAUUAUUUUAUUUUUAAAGUACAACUUGAGAACGUAAAUUAUUAUUGUAAAUCUGCUGUACAUUGAUAUCACCUGUAUUUUGUUAAGUUAUAAAAAUUCAUUUUCUGAAAACAUACAUUUGUCGGUCCUAAUGCCUCAGUAUCUGCCAAUGCACUAAUUUAGAAAAUUACAGAAUGUCAAAUAAUAAAAUAUUCCAUAUUUUCAAUAAAUAACCCACAAAUCAGUGAGGUCAGUAUCCUACAGGCACAGUACCUCUGAACCUGUGGGGGCAUUUUAAUUAAACUUAAUAAUGGGCACACAUGUAUGCAUACUAAUAGUACUUAGCUGACACAAUGUUGAGUUAUACUGUGACUAAUCAAAAUGAACGACUCUCCCUCUGCCCCCUUUUCAAGAAAAGCAAAUGUCAGGCACAGAGAACAAGCACAUUGUACUUACAGGGUUUCUGCAGCAGAAUCAACCAUUGAUGUCCAGUUGACUGGAAAUGCCUAGCAGAUCCAACCUUCAUGUAUUUGCCUUAUAAUUGCACAAAGGUUUAAAUCUUGUCCUGUAAUGUGCAGCUCCAUGUCUGCUCUUUUGUCAUGUGUCAUAGCUAAACUUUCCUUCACUACUCCCAACUGUGACGUGCAGGGAAUAACACUUUAGGACAGAGUUGGGUCGAAUGCCGAUAAGAAAAGCACUUUAAGUGACCGUCCUAUACUGAUAUCACACUAAUCCUAAUCCAUGACAUACAAUAUAGUAUAAGAAAUAUAAUGGACAUCUAUAUAGAAACAAAAGUCACAUUAACAUUUUAAAGUUAGCUAAAGACAAAGCUACCUCUAUUUUCUGUAUGGCCAAAUCAAAUCUGGUUAUUCAGCCUGGAUAUGGUCUAUAAUUGUUGCAUUUUUGUGAUAGAUACAAGUACUGUAUAUCUAUAAAAUCCACCUUACUGUAGAGUAGUGAAUGUAUGAUCAAAUGAAGGCCAAUGUAUUAGAAAGUUACCCAAAGGGAUUGUCCUGAUGUCAGUCUUGUGAUUGUUAAGUGUCAACCCUACACUUCUGUUUCAACCAUCUCAAAGUUUAUUUUUUUGAACAAGAGUUGAACUGAAACUGCCAAAUGGAAUGUAUGCAAACAUUCUGUAAUAUUUCCUGUACAUUUCUCAGCUGCCUAGCCAUGUUAUCUAAUGACAAACUCCACAUUUUCCUAAAGACCAACCCUAUUCUCAUUGUUUUUGUUCAAGUGACUGUUGCUCUUUUUGUACUUUGUCCAUUUGUAAAAUUGUUUUUAAAUGUUUAUACUUGAUUUUCAAACUGCCUUUUUUCUACAUUAACUUUAUAAUCAAACAGUGCAAGCUUCCCCCAUGGUGUCUUUAAGACCAUAUUGUUUAAGAGUCUGCUAUUGUGUGCUAGCUUUAUGAUAUAAAAAUUAUCAGCCUAUAUUACUGGUUACACAUUGUGUGGGUGUGC